GACCCUCGUCCACACCACACCAUGGAAACGUCAGUCCUCCUCUUCAACUUGUCAGCUCUCGCUUGUGCCUACCUGAUCUGGUUCUAUCUCUUGGCCCGGAAACUCACCGGCCCGAAGGUGUGGCCGGGUGGGAGCCUGCCGUCCCUCUUCAUGAACCGAAGGAGGCUCCACGACUGGAUCGCCGGCCACCUCCGCACCACUGGCGGCGCCGCCACCUACCAGACGUGCACCAUUGCCCUCCCUUUCUUGGCCCGCAAGCAAGGGUUCUACACUGUCACGUGCCACCCGAAGAACAUCGAGCAUGUGCUCCGGACGCGGUUCGACAACUACCCUAAGGGCCCGACAUGGCAGACUGCCUUCCACGACCUGCUCGGCCAGGGGAUCUUCAACAGCGACGGCGAGACAUGGCUCCUGCAGCGGAAGACGGCGGCCCUGGAGUUCACGACCCGGACGCUGAGGCAGGCCAUGGACCGAUGGGUGAAUCGGACAAUCAAGAACCGGUUCUGGAAGAUCCUCGACAAGGCCGCGAGCGAGCGCAUCUCCAUUGACUUGCAAGACCUCUUGCUUCGCCUGACGUUCGACAACAUCUGCGGGCUCACGUUCGGUAGAGACCCGGAGACCCUCUCGCCGGAGUUACCAGAAAACCCUUUCGCUAUGGCUUUCGACAAGGCCACUGAAGCGACCCUUCAGCGCCUGCUUUAUCCUGGUUUUCUAUGGAGGCUGAAGAAGAUAUUCAGUAUCGGAGCCGAGCAGAGGUUAAAGAAGAGCCUCAGAGUCGUGGAGAACUACAUGAACGAUGCCAUCGACGCGCGCAAAGCGAGUCCCUCUGAUGACCUCCUUUCGCGCUUCCUGAAAAGGCGGGACAUCGAUGGGAACCUCUUCCAGAGCUCCGUCCUCCAGCGGAUCGCGCUGAACUUCGUCCUCGCGGGGCGCGACACGUCCUCCGUUGCACUGAGCUGGUUUUUCUGGCUGGUCAUGAACAACCCCCGAGUCGAGCAGAAGAUCGUGCACGAGAUAGCAACGGUCCUCAAGGAUACCCGCGGCGACGAUCACAAGAAAUGGCUGGAAUCCCCACUGGUGUUCGACGAGGCCGACAGGCUGGUCUAUCUCAAGGCGGCGCUGGCCGAGACCCUGCGCCUAUACCCCUCGGUGCCGGAGGACUUCAAGUACGUGGUCGCGGACGACGUCCUGCCCGACGGGACACACGUGCCAGCCGGAUCGACGGUUACAUACUCGAUAUACUCGGUGGGGAGGAUGAAGUCGAUCUGGGGCGAGGACUGCAUGGAGUUCAGGCCGGAGCGAUGGAUCUCAGAGAACGAGGGCAGGUUCGAGACCCCGAAAGACGGCUACAAGUUCGUGGCCUUCAACGCGGGACCGAGGACUUGCUUGGGGAAGGACCUGGCGUAUCUUCAGAUGAAGUCCGUGGCGUCGGCGGUGCUGCUGCGCUACCGGCUGUCGCUGGCGCCGGGCCACCGCGUGGAGCAGAAGAUGUCGCUCACCCUGUUCAUGAAGAACGGGCUUCGCGUCAAUUUGCAUCCGCGGGAUCUUGCCGAGACUGCUGCAUGAUGACAGAUAAGUAAGGAAGGAUUGACCGAUGGGUCUUCGCGAUCGAGAAGAAAGCGUGCGCAUAGGUCUUAAAGAUUGGUGUGCAUGGGGACGACGAUGCAUGUAAUCAUUUUAUUUUCUUGUCAUUUGAGUUUGUAUUUGUCUUGCCUGGAAAAAUCUUAAAUAUAUCUUUAUAAAAAAACCCAUUUAUUUUAA